UUGUGGAUGGAUAACUUUGGUUCACUGCGACACCCAAAUCAGUUCCACAGCAACAAUAAUUGCUUCGGCUAUGUCUUCAUCGUCCCUGAUGCUGGUGUAUAGCGCUCCCGCAACUCUUCAAGCUGAAUCGCCUUCCAAACCAGUGUUUUUCUCGUCCCUGAGGAGCUUCUCUGUGUACCCUUUGGUGUUGCAGAGCAGGGGAAGAAAAUCAUGCAAUUGGGUUCAGGUUACUGCAAGGAGAGAAGCUAAAACUGAUUCAAACCUCGUCGUUGCAGCAGCUUUUGCUGCUGAAGCAGAGGUUUUAGAGGUUGCCGAAGAUUUGGGACUAGAGGAAGUUGAAGGAGCCGCCGCUUCACCGCCUCCAACGAAACCCAAGAAAGGGAAGGCAGCAUUGCCGCUGAAGAGAGACAGAACGAGGUCCAAGAGGUUCUUGGAAAUUCAAAAGCUUAGGGAGAUUAAGAAAGAGUACGAUUUACCCACUGCUAUAUCCCUGCUCAAGCAAAUGACAAAUACUAAGUUCGUGGAGACAGCUGAAGCUCAUUUACGUCUCAACAUUGACCCUAAGUACAACGAUCAACAGCUGAGGGCGACCGUGAACUUGCCCAAGGGAACUGGUCAGACUGUUAAAGUGGCUGUUCUUACCCAAGGUGAAAGGGUAGAUGAAGCAAAAAAUGCAGGAGCUGAUUGGGUUGGUGGAGUGGACUUGAUAGAACAAAUAAAAGGGGGAUUCAUGGACUUCGAUAAAUUGAUUGCUUCUCCAGAUAUGAUGCCCAAGGUUGCCAGUCUAGGAAAGUUAUUGGGACCAAGAGGACUCAUGCCAAAUCCCAAAGCUGGUACUGUUGCAACUGAUAUACCUCAGGCUAUAGCAGAAUUCAAGAAGGGGAAGGUUGAAUAUAGAGCGGAUAAAACUGGAAUUGUGCAUCUACCUUUUGGGAAGGCAGACUUUCCUGAAGAAGAUCUUAUUAUAAAUUUGAUUGCUGCAGUAAAAUCAAUAGAAGCAAACAAGCCAUCAGGUGCAAAGGGAGCCUACUGGAAAAGUGCACAUAUAUGCUCAUCAAUGGGUCCUUCUAUUCGGUUAAAUAUAAGGGAGUUGCUUGAUUACAAGCCUCCAUCAAAUGUCUAGAAGAAUUCAAUGACACACCUGUAAAGUACAUCUGCUCUUGUGUAAUCUAUUUACCUUCAGGGAUAUCAGAGAUUGCUAAUGGUUAGGAAGAAGGUUGAAAGGACAGAAACCAGGGUGAAAGAGGAUACCUCAGAUUCUGUUCUUGGGCCAAAUUUUGUUUCAGGGGGUCGAGGCCCCACAAAAUCUUCUCCUUUCCUAUUCACCUGCAAAAUGUUGUAGACAUAACUACUCUGAUCAAUAUUAUUAAAUCAUUAUCACAAUGUUAUCAUCCAUUGUUGCAUCUCA